AUGGGUCACUAUCAUCAUAUUCUUCUACUUAUUAUCGGAUUACGAGUGACGAUUGAAGUACGAGGAAACACAACAAUAGAAGGAAAUACAAAUAACUCAUCUCGUGUCCGCGAUUACAUCGACCCUCCGUACCCAUCUUCUUUGAUUCAAAACCCAAAUGUUCGCACCAAACCACUCGUUAGACCUCGAAAAGAUGACGACUGCUCGGAUGAGAUUUUGAGAAAAGUAAUGAAUGAGCAUAUAAGUGAUGAAGGAAUGACGGAAUCAAAGAGAGCGAUCCAUGCAGCUGCUCGGCGAGAUUUUGAGGGAACUUGGAGUGUCAUCUGUGCUCCGUGUGCAUUCUCGUAUUUGGCUCAUGCUCAAGAGUUUUGUAUUCAUUCGAGACAUGGGAUCACUUGUCUUUUGUAUAGAGAUGGAUAA